UCAAAAGACUUGUCCGGAGCCCACUGAGCCAUUCAGAAGUUAGCACCGUGGACAGACCCAGUCUCAGCCCCACAGCAGCACAUCACUUCUUCCCUGCAAGUGUGGGAGUCAUAUUUUUUUUUCAUUGGGAGUAAACAUGGCGGUGGCAGAAAUACCCACAUGGGAGAGGAAAAUGCGCAUCUUUUUGUGCGUCUUCGGUUUGUUUUUGUCCGUUUACGCACUCCACGUGGAAUUGUCCCGCGAACACGACGCCGGCUACAGAGCUUUGUGCGACCUGGGGGAGUCUGUGAGCUGCUCCAAAGUGUUCACCUCCAGAUGGGGACGUGGUUUUGGCCUGGUGCAGUUCUUUGUCGCCAAAGAUAGUCCUCUCAACCAGCCCAACAGUGUACUUGGCGUCGUGUUUUACGCUCUGCAGCUCGGCCUGGGUCUGUCUCUGUCCAAAAAAGCCGCUCUGCUCUUGGUGCUGUCCUCCUGGGUGUCUGUCGCCGGCUCACUCUACCUGGCCGCCAUUCUGGCGUUCGUCCUCGGGGACUUCUGCAUGGUGUGCGUGUCGACAUAUCUGGUCAACUUCGCCUUACUCUUCACCAACGUCAAGCGAAGGAGCGCCAUCGAAGGGCAAAAAGAGAAGGCAGGAUAAUGUGGGGGGGGGAUAACUAAUGUGUUUUCUGCCUUGUUUACACCUGCUGGGACUUUUUUUUGUUUUUUUACUAAAACAGGAUUCAUCUCCAUUUUUCAGUCCCCAAUCAUCCUGUUAAAAUAAUGUUUUUGUUUGUCCUGUCCAGUUUAAUAUUUCUACAGUACUACUACAAAGAAAUAUUAAAAACAAA